AUGUCUGGACUUAAGGUCUGGCAAGGAACCUUUGUCGCCAUUGCGCUGUUCAUCAUAGCCAUACUCUCUCUUCUUUCAUUUUGUCUCAUUUGGAAAAAGAAAUCAAGAAUAUCCAAAACGUUAAGUCUUCCCAUCAUCCAAACCCCUCCGAUAUCCAAAGAGAUCAAGGAAGUCAGAAUCGAGCAUGUCUCAAGCUUCGAUCCUCAUCAGAAAGAACACAGAAACGAAUCUGACAGCUUCUUGUAUAACUUGGAUGUGGAGGAGAAGAGAAAGAACGGUGUAAGUAGUAGUAGCCGAUCUGGCUCAGGGGAAGAAGGUUCUCUGUGUGUUGCGAACCGGUCUUCAUCAUCGUUGUAUGAGAUGGCAACACCAUCACCUCUUUCCGGUUUACCUGAGUCACACCUUGGUUGGGGUCAUUGGUUUACCCUGAGAGAUCUUGAAAUAGCAACAAACAGAUUCUCAAAGGAAAACGUGAUUGGUGAAGGAGGAUAUGGAGUUGUGUACAGAGGAGAGCUGACCAAUGGGACUCAUGUCGCCGUGAAGAAGAUCUUGAACCAUUUGGGACAGGCUGAGAAAGAGUUUAGAGUAGAGGUUGAUGCGAUUGGUCAUGUGCGUCACAAGAACUUGGUACGUCUUCUAGGAUACUGCAUUGAAGGCACACACAGGAUAUUGGUUUAUGAGUAUAUGAACAAUGGGAACCUCGAAGAAUGGCUUCACGGAGCAAUGAGACAGCACGGAUACUUAACUUGGGAGGCUAGAAUGAAAGUUCUCAUCUGCACAUCCAAGGCACUCAUAUACACUGUUUUUUUGCAGGUGAAUCUAGUUGAGUGGUUGAAGAUGAUGGUGGGAUCUAAGAGACUGGAAGAAGUAAUUGAUCCAAACGUAGGGGUAAAGCCAGCGACCAGAGCAUUGAAACGUGUUCUUCUUACAGCACUUAGAUGCAUUGAUCCUGAUUCUGAGAAGAGGCCUAAAAUGAGCCAAGUUGUGCGUAUGCUCGAGUCUGAGGAAUAUCCCAUACCAAGAGAGGAUCGGAGAGGACGAAGAGCGCAGGAGGACAACUCGGAUACCGAUAGAAGCACACCGGUUUCAAGAUCACAGAGCAAGAGAGCAUAA